GUGCUCUAGACUGAUAAUAACACGAAUUCACAGUAUCACAAAUAGAAAAGUAUUUACAUAAAAGUUGUUUGAUUGCAAAGAUGUGUUAAAACUGUUUUUUUUUUUAUUAUUUGUUCCAGAUAAUCUUCUCUCUUUGUGUGUUGAAGUGGAUUGCAUCUACAUAUUGUGAUGAACAUAAAAUACUAUGCAGUCCAAAAUGGGAGCAUAGAAAACAUGUCUCUUUGUUAUGAACAUCAUCCUAACUCUUGUCAGAAGCAUGUGUAUCCAUUGGCUAUAAGAGUUGUGGCCUAUUUUGUCAUUGGUGUCCUUGUACUUCUUACAUUAUUUGGAAAUCUUCUGGUGAUCAUAGCCAUAACUCAUUUCAAGCAGCUGCACACACCAACUAACUACCUGACUCUCUCUCUGGCUGUAGCUGACCUGCUUGUAGGAGGGAUCGUGAUGCCUCCUAGCAUGAUACGCUCUGUGGAGACUUGCUGGUAUUUUGGGACCACAUUCUGUAAAAUACACAGCAGCUUUGACAUUAUGUUGUGCAAUACCUCACUGUUAAAUCUUGCAUUUAUCUCUAUUGACAGAUAUUAUGCAGUAUGUCUUCCCCUGCUGUACCAAACUAAAAUCACUCCUCUUGUUACCCUCAUCAUGGUUGCUGUAUGUUGGUGUGUUUCUGCUCUUCAGGGGUAUUUAAUGAUAUUCCAAGGGUAUACCCAGGGAUAUGAAGUACUUUACCCCAGUGAUGUUGAACAGUGUAAGGGGGAAUGUGUGCUGUUUCUUGGGCCUGUGACAGGUUUGACCUUUUCAGUGCUGUCUUUUCCCGUCCCUGCAAUCAUCAUGCUUAGCAUAUAUCUGAAAAUAUUUAUUGUUGCACGCAGACAAUCACGUACAAUCCUUAAUGCACUUUCACAAGUAAACACAUCCAGUGGGCACGCUACCAUCAAUAAAUCUGAGAGAAAAGCCACCAAAACAUUAGCUGUUGUCAUGGGAGUUUUCCUGUUGUUUUGGACACCAUAUUUUUCCCUUAGUAUUUUUGAUGUGUUUAUGGGGUAUAAAUGUCCACCGCAGGUGUUUGAGGCACUUGGUUGGAUUGGUUAUUCAAAUUCUGCAUUUAAUCCUAUUGUGUAUGCUUUCUUUUACAGAUGGUUUAGAAAGGCACUUCAAGUUAUUGUAUAUGGGAAAAUAUUUACACCAAAUUCUUCAAGAUUAGAAUUGUGUUCAGAAUAG